AUGACUGAUCCCUUUGCAGACCUUCUUUCAUCCUUUAAAUCAGGCCAAACUCCAUCCGACAGCAAACCCUCUUCAUUGAAGAAUGCAUCCCUAAAUGAUCUUUUGUCAAGUCGAUCGGCUGUCAAUUCGCCAGCCCCAGUUCCAGUGACCACUACUACUACUACUACUCCUCCACUCCAAAAGAUGAAUGAUCUUUCGGGCGAUCUUUUUGACGACCUGCUGUCGAAACCAAUAACUCAGAACAAAAAAGUGGAAAGUCCUCUAGCUAGCGCUUCAACAAAGGAUGAUUUUGAUCUGGUAUUUGAAUCCCUUAACUCACCACCGCCUGCAGUCUUCGUCCAAAAUGAAAAUGAGGUUGAAAUUUCGGAACGCACUCCAAAGCAGGAAGAGCCUGUGGUGGAUGAAGUGAAAGAUAUGGAAAUCUCUAAAAUCAUGUCUUUAGGUAUCAGUUUCGAGAAAUCAGUUCGUUACUACGAGAAGGGUAUUCUCUAUGAGCAAUUGUUAGACAGAAAACUCAAUCAUAAGACUCGCUCAGGAUCAGAAAAUCUAGAUUCAUCGUAUGCAUUCUCAUCCACAUCCUCACAUACGUCCUAUGGUCAAACAGAGGAAACUCCUGCGUUUCUGGCUAUGGCCUCCAAGUUCUUCAACAAGGGGAAAGAUUUCAUCGAAGAUAAGAUCAUCGCACCCUUGCAGCAUGAUGAUUUAGAGCAAAGAUCCCCUCCACAAUCUCAUCUGCGACAAUCCCGUCAUCCAAACGGUAACUCUUUGCCAAAAAAGACGCCGCUCGCCCGUUCGGAGUUUUUCGGCGACAACGACGCUACUGGGAUUCAUUCGAUUGAUCAAUUGUCUAUCCAAGAAAAUAAAUCUACUUCUGCCAUUCGAAGAAGUGAACCCUCUCCAAAACCACAAAAUUCGCCUCUACCAGCAGGAUCUGGGUCAGAACCUCAGUCGAAGUUGGAGAAUGAUACUCCGGUAUUAUUGGACUUUGAUGCAGGCCCAGAAACUCAAUCAUCAUCACAAUACCACAUAUCGGAAUUCGAAUUGACCAGUUUCAACGAAUUCAAAAACAAUGGUGUUAAGUUAUUUGGAUCUGGGGAUUUUCAUGGCGCAUUCUCACAAUUUGAAAAAUCAUUGAACACCCUUCCUACGGAACAUCCACUCCGUAUCAUUUCAUUGUCUAAUAUGAUUUCAUGUCAAUUGAAAAUGGGGGAGAAUUCUAAGGCUCUAAAAACAAUAGACGUUGCCAUUGAAAUGAUUAAAAAAUGUCCAGAUUUGUCUACUGUUAUUGAGCAGAGCUCUCCACCUAGGACAUAUAAGCAAAUGUCAGAGAAAAUUGAAUCAAAGCAUGCUGAAAUAUAUGAACAUAUGGAAAACUAUGAUAAAGCUCUCUCAAUAUACACCCAAUUGAUCUCUGAAGGUGUCACUGAUAGAAAGAUCAUGGAAGGAAAAAGACGUUGCGAGAAAAUUGUGAAUCCAGAAAAAUUCAAGCCGAAACCCCCUAAAACAGUAACAAAACCAUCAAUUAACCCAUCCCAAGUGAAAAGCACAUCUCCAAGUCUAAAUUCGGAUGCUUUACAUAAAAUAAAAGAAGACGGGAAAAAGAAAGCCCAAGAAGAGGAAAAGAGGUUGGAGUUAUAUGAUAAAGUUAAUGAGAAAAUUAAAAAAUGGUCAUAUCAGCAUGAGAAGGAUUUGAGAUACCUAUUGGUUCAUGUAGAUCCACUUCUUAAAUGGACUUCUUGGAAGCCUGUCUCCCCUGAGGAUGUGGUUCUUGAAAAGAAAGUAAAACUUUACUAUUUGAAAGCAAUUGCAAAAACUCAUCCAGAUAAAAUUCCCUCCGAUACAAGUUUAGAAAAUAUCAUGGUUGCUGAGAAUGUGUACAUGACGUUGAAUAAGGCGUGGGAGGACUUCAAAUCUACGAAUAACGUUUAG